AUGGCGUCCACACAAACACCCCUCGUGCGGCUGACGUCGCAAAAGAACUUCACAUACCGCCUCGUCCUGUCGACGCUGACCGGCCGACCCGUGCACAUUUCGCAAAUCCGACCAAACUCGCCCGCCAACCCCGGUCUGUUAACGCACGAAAUCUCGUUCCUGCGUCUCCUCGAAGCCGUCACAAAUGGCUCCCAAAUGGAGAUUUCGUACAGUGGUACCAUUAUCGUCUACAAACCGGGCCUGAUUACGGGCAGCGCGUCCGGCCUCGGUGCCAGUAACGGGGUGAUCACCCAUGAAAUCCCGUCGAGCUGCACGCGCGGCAUCAGUUAUUUCCUCAUUCCGCUGUGUCUUCUUGCGCCAUUUUCCAAGUCGCCGAUGAAUGUGCUUUUUACGGGCCCCGGGGUAAUUACAUCGGCCACGCCGACGGGCGAUAUCUCUGCGGAUGCGGUGCGAAUGGCUAUUUUGCCGCUGUUUAAACAAUUCAAUAUAUGGAACAAUAUUGAGCUGCGGAUAUUGCAGAGGUCGAAUCCAGGUAGCUCUGGCAGAGGCGGUGGAGGCGAGGUGCAGUUGGUCUUUGGCCAUCAGGUCCGCCUACCCAAGACUCUGCAUUUGAUGAACCCGGGACGUGUCAAGACAAUCCGCGGUGUGGCCUAUUCGACAGGUGUUUCUGCAUCGAACAAUGCGCGGAUGAUUCAGACUGCUCGAGGGAUUUUGAAUACUCUCGCCCCAGAUACUUAUAUCGCUUCGGAUGCGUCCCCGGCACCUUUGAUUCCUGCUCCGGAUAAGAACAACCCCAACGCCAAGCGCAAAACUGGCCUGGGAUUUGGUCUCUUCCUCGUUGCAGAGACGUCUACCGGCUGUUUGUUCUCGGCCGAUGUUGCCUCUCCGCCAUCUGGCGGUGAACCACCAGAGGACAUUGGCAAGCGCUGCGCAUACCAGCUGCUCGAGACAAUUUCCAAGGGAGGAUGUGUUGCGCCUGUAGCCGCUCCUACAAUGAUGAUGCUCAUGGCCAUGGGAUCCGAAGAUGUCGGGCGGCUGCAAGUCGGCCGAGAAGUUAUUGCAGACCAGGCACUAAUCCAAUUCGCGCGUGAUCUCACAAAAUUCGGCGCUGCGGGAUGGGGUAUCCGAGAUGCAGCUGGAGAGAACGUGGACAAGGAUGUCGUUGUCAGCAUUGUUGGAAAGGGAAUUGGCAAUGUUGGCCGAAAAAUUGCUUGA